GAGGAAAAAGAGCAACUUCCUAUCAGAACAGUGGAGACAGAGAAGCUAAACAAGUAGAAAAACUGAAAUAAACCACAACCAUCAAGUCAGACAAGCCAGCUCAUCAUGAAUAACUGCUGUCUCUUUGUUUCCAACUCACACCAACAGAGUGAACUUUGAAACCUUCUUGUCACAGCUGCAGUAUCAGGCAUCAAGGUUCAGCCAGCACGGUGAUAGUUGUCAUCUUUUCAUGCCACCGUUCCUCGUUGGAUGCGAUUAUAUUCUGAGUAGCCAUGAUUAACUCAUCCCAUGGACUAUAAAAGCCUCCGGCUGCCUGACAGGAGGCACCAUCAGGUCCAAGAACCCCAGCAGUUAAGCAGGUUGGUCUUCCUCCGCAGCCAUGAAAUUCUCCCUCGUUGCCGCUCUUGUUGUUGUGCUGGCUGUUGCCCAUGGCUCUGAGGCCGUCUCACUGGUGAAGCGUGACACCCAGGCCGACUUGGACAGGCUCACCCAGCUCAUCAAGGACAUGUCCGUCAGCAUCACCACCGCAACUCAGGAGAUGGUGGAGAAGAUUAAGACUCUUGAGAUGACCAACACCGCCCAGACUUAUGUGGAGGAAGGCAAGGCCAAGAUCCAGCCUCUGAUGGAGAAGGUCCAGGCUGAGGCCGCCAUGCUGCAGGAGCAGGUCCAGCCCUACAUCACCAACAUCGAGGACCACAUCAAACCCCUGACCGACAACUUCCAUGCUCAGGUCAAGCCCCUGACCGACAACUUCCACACUCAGGUCAAGCCUCUUACCGACAUGAUGGAGAAGCUCUUCCAGCAGGUGGUGGACCAGUCCAAGGUCCUGCUGCCCCCCCAGUCCAGCUAAAGAGACACUAAAGUGUGACCAGUUCACUUUCACUUCCACCCUGAACAGUCCUCUGCCUCUAAGUUAUUUCAUCAUUAAAGGGGUUUAAACAUA